GGCAGAUAGAGUCUGUCCGGUGAAACAGUGCGGCAGCUUGAGGACGCACUCUCCACAACAGUUGUCUUUUUGGCCGCAAACGGAUAUUUUAUUACAACUCCAAGUCGAAACGGUUGUGAACUCCUGCUGCCCCGGACAUCGGAGGUCUUGGUAACUGUUCCAGGGUCAGCCUUAUUUCACCUUCAUCCCAGUAAAAGACAAGAGGUGAUCUGAUCUCUGGAGCAGCCGUGGAUCAGCGCAGACCGAGGGCCACAUCACAUGGGAGUGUGUGUCUGUGUGUGUGAGGGUGUGUGUUCAGGCCUCCUGCCGUCGCCCGCUCGUCCCGGACAGGCAUGGCGGGGGGCAGAGAGCGCGGCUCCCGGAUCCAGAGGCCCUGGUCCGUGUACCGGGCCAACACAUUCGAACUGUCCAAUGAGAUGAUCGGCUUGGCCCUCGCAGGAAAUAGUCAGGACCCAGAUGAACCUGUUCUUGAGUUCAGCAUCGCCUGCACAGACCUGCUGACUCCUGCCUUGGAUCGAAAACCCAACAGCUUUGUAGCAGUGAGCUGCACGACACCACCACAGGCCUUCUGGACCAAACACGCCCAGACUGAAGUCAUAGAGGGCACCAGUAAUCCCAUGUUUCUCAGCAGCAUCGCCUUCUUCCAGGACUCCAACAUCAAUCAACUGACGCAGGUGAAACUGGCCGUUUACGACGUCAAGGACCGAUCACAGGGCACGAUGUAUAUGUUAGGCUCAGCACUUUUUCCUGUGAAGGAGCUUUUACAAGACAAGAGCCACCGGUUACAGCUCGAACUGAGGUCUGCAGAGAACCAGCGGGUGGGGAACAUCACUGUGGCUGCCUGGCAAAUGGAGGACAGAGCAGAUCAGAGGAUGUCAGUCGGCCGACUGCCAGACACCAUCAACGGCCGGACGGUCCUGCCUGUCGAUGAGAGCCUGACAGAGUCCAUGGGAGUCCGCAUCAAGUACGCUUCGCUAUGCAAAGACACACUGCUUCGUUCAGUGUUUGGAGGCACAAUGUCCCGGAUGUAUCGCUUCCCCACGACGGAUGGAAACCACCUACGGGUGCUGGAGCAGAUGGCUGAGAGUGUCCUGUCACUAAACAUUCCUCGGCAGUUUGUCAAACUUCUGCUGGAGGAGGACGCAGCCAGGGUGUGUGAGCUGGAGGAACUUGGCGAGUUAUCCCCCUGCUGGGAGAAUCUACGGCGACAAAUCGUCUCCCAGUACCAGACCAUAAUACUUGCUUACCAGGAAACACUGUCAGACCUCAACAACUAUAGAGGUCCGUCGUUCAAAGCCAGUAACCUGAAAGCAGAGCGGAAGCUGGAGUUCAUGCCAACCAACCUCCACGUUCAGAGGAUGAGGGUCCAGGAUGAGCUGGGCUUCGAACACACUUAUGACGUGAUAACAAUCGGAGCCCCAGCCGCUCACUGCCAGGGCUUUAAAAACAGCGGUCUGAGGAAACUCAUCCAGAAGUUUGAGGAGGCGAAGAAACACGUAUAUGAGGAGGAAUGCAGCGCCCUGUCCAGCUCCCAGUCCAUCGUCUACAUACCCCAGGACAUAGUCCGAGCCAAAGAGAUCAUCGCCCACAUCAACACCCUGAAGACCCAGGUCAGCUACUACGCCGAGAGGCUUUCCAGAGCCGCCAAGGACCGGUCAGCCAGCGGACUGGAGAGGACGCUCGCUAUUCUGGCUGAUAAGACUCGUCAGCUGGUGACAGUGUGUGACUGUAAACUACUAGCUUCAGCCAUCCAGGCCCUGAACGCAGCACGGCCUGAAUACAUCGCCUCCAAAGCGUCUCCUUCCGCCGACUCAGAGCAAGUAGUUCUCCGUAACGACCAGGACACACUGCUGGCAAAGUGGAGCGGUCGCAACAGUCGAUCCUCACUGCAUGCAGACUGGCACGAAGAGGAGUGGGAGAAGGUUUGGCUGAACGUGGAUAAAUCUUUGGAGUGCAUCAUCCAGCGUGUGGACAAACUGCUGCAGAAAGAGAGGAGACCCAGCGACUGCAGUCAGGACAGUGCCCUGAGUGACCAGCAGGGCGGCGGCAGCAAGAAAGGUGAUGAAAAAAGGCGAGCUUUCUGGAUCAACCCAGGAAGUAUGUCACAGGAAACUGCAUCAUCACCAUCAUCAUCUUCAUCAUCAUCACCACCACUUCCAUCCUCAUCCUCUCUACCUGCCUUAUCCUCUGCACAUCCUCCCAGCCCUGAACAAGAGACCCAUGGAAGCCCCAGUGCUGAGGAGGCGUACCCAGGUGAGUGGAGUGAGGCGUUGUACCCCCUCCUCACCACGCUGACCGAGUGCGUCGCCAUGAUGAGCGACAAGGCCAAAAAGUCCAUGGUGUUCCUGUUGAUGCAGGACAGCGCCCCGACCAUCGCCAUGGACGUGACGCUGCAGUACCGCCGCGACGUCGUCUUCUGCCAGACGCUCACCGCCCUCGUCUGCGGCUUCAUUAUCAAACUGAGGAACUGUCUCCGUGACAACGGAUUCCUUCGACAACUCUACACCAUCGGCCUGCUGGCUCAGUUCGAGUCCCUGCUCAGCACAUAUGGAGAGGAGCUCGCUAUGUUGGAGGACAUGAGUGUCGGCGUCAUGGACCUGCGCAAUGUCACUUUUAAGGUUACCCAGGCAACCGGCAGCUCCGCCCCUGACAUGUUGCCCAUCAUCACAGGGAACCGUGACGGUUUUAACGUGCGCAUCCCGCUGCCGGGCACCAUGUUCGACGCAUUACCACGGGAGAUCCAGAGCGGCAUGCUGCUGAGGGUUCAGCCGGUGCAUUUUAACGUGGGCAUUAAUGAACAGCAGACACUGGCUGAGAAGUUUGGAGACACGUCCCUACAGGAGAUCAUUAAUCUGGAGAGUCUGUCCAGGUUAAAUUCAUACUAUGAACAAUUCAAAGAAGUCCUGCCUGAGGACUGUCUCCCAAGGUCUCGUUCUCAGACUUGCCUUCCUGAACUGCUAAGGUUCCUGGGACAGAAUGUGCAUGCCAGGAAAAACAAGAACGUGGACAUUCUCUGGCAGGCUGCCGAGAUCUGUCGCCGUCUGAACGGGGUUCGAUUCACCAGCUGCAAAAGCGCCAAAGACCGCACAGCCAUGUCUGUGACCCUGGAGCAGUGUCUGAUCCUGCAGCAUGAACACGGCAUGGCCCCUCAGGUGUUCACGCAGGCCCUGGACUGUAUGCGCAGUGAGGGCUGCAGACGAGAAAACACUGUGAAGAACGUCGGAUGCCGAAAGUACGCCUUUAACUCCCUGCAGCUCAAGGCCUUCCCCAAGCACUACCGACCGCCUGACGGGACGUUCGGGAAAGUGGAAACCUGAUUGGAUGACGCCGGGAAAAUGCCGUGAUGCCAUUGGCUGCUGAGCUCAGACAGGGAAACGUGGAGUUAGACGGUAGAUUCAGACUGAUCUGUAUCGGAUCAACAUGUCACCUGGUUUCAGUAGCAACUCAACAAACAAUAGAGUCUGUAUUUCUAAAAUAAAGUAAUAAUAUAGUAGUUUUUUACCACUUUAGUAAUAUUGUUUUCACGUAGCCUGUUUUAUUAGAUGCUUGUGUCAGAUUCUGCCUAACACACUGAACUCAUGUUUUGUGUUUCAUGUUAAUGCAUUGCUGAGCAUGCAAACAUUUACCUUUCAUUUCAAAAAUCAUUUAUGAAAACAAUCAGAGGCUUUUUCCCCAAUGGAUAUGGAUGCACGGUUGACGAGAGGUAAAUUAACUAAUAAUUAUAAUAGUAAUAGUCUUCAAAAUUCUUUUUGUUUUGCAAGAAUUUCUUAAGAAUGAAGCUGAAACGUGGAGAAUCAAGACAAACUUUUAUUAUAUAAAAAAUAAAAUAAAUUAGAGUUUAUUUUUUAAUUUUCAGAAUAAAUUAAUUGAACGCUAAGAAUAAAACUGAAUUACAACUACAUUUGAAUCAAUUUCAAUGUCUUCACUUUAAUAUCAACAUUCUGACUUUAUUCUUAAAAUGCAAAAAAAAAAUGCAUAAAAUCUUCCUCUUCUGGUUUAACUUUUAUUUCUGUACUUGGCUCUAAUAUUUGACGUUCUUUAUUCUCAAAAUUACAAAACUUAAAAAAAAAAAAAAUCCCAGUGAAAAGUAUUUUAAAGAAAUUAACAUUAAACAUUAAUGAAAAUACUGUAGAUCUGUGUAAAAAAAAAAAAAAAAAUGCAAAUUAAGCUUUGACUGAAUUGAUUUGAUGCAUCUUCUGUAUGAAGAAUUAAAUAUAUAUUCUUUUUCUAUGCAGGUUGAUUUUACAGCUUAUGGUUGAGAUCACUUUUAGAGAUCAGACAACACCGACAAACUUCAGAAGAUGAGAAGUUUAAGCUUUCACAUGUACCUGCAGUUCUCCAUGUUGACCACCAGGGGUCGUAGUUCCUCACCUCCUCGGUCUGUGCUCCCUAGUCAAACACCACACACUGUAAAACCACAUUGUACGCUAUUUAGAACGGGCACAUCUCCAAUAUCUUUUCGAUGUAUCUGUCGUCUAAUGAAUCUGUGUGUCACUGCUGAUCGCAAUCUCACAACAAGUCAAUUUAUGACUUAUUAUUUUCAUGUUUAUUCAGCACUGAAGCAGUCACUGUUGGUCUGUUUUGCUUUUUAUUUUUCUGUCUGUUCUUCAGUUUUAAUGUUCAUAUAUGUGACAAAUUUAUGAUGAUGAAAUAAAUAUGGGAGGCAUUUUUU